AUAUAACUGAUAGUAUCUUCCUCACCCAAUCUGUAAUUUUCCCCCUUUGUUAAUAAAAAAGAAAAACACAAAAGGUUGUGUUGGGCUCUCUAACACAAGCUCUCGACGACCAUGGCGGUCUCGUUUAACACAACCCUUCACCAGUCUUCUCUGAGUCCGUGCUGUAGCAACAUCAAGCUUUACUCUGGGUUAAAGCCUCAAUCUUCAAGCUUUUUGACAAAUGGGUAUCAGAAUUUGAAUAAGGAGUUCUACGGCAGGAUCCACAAGAGUUUGCAAUCCGGGACGGGGAAAGCGAGUAGGUCAAGGGUGAAGAUGAUGCCUAUAGGAACACCGAGAGUGCCAUACAGAAACAGAGAGGAAGGCACUUGGCAAUGGGUUGAUAUAUGGAACGCCCUUUAUCGAGAGCGUGUGAUCUUCAUUGGACAAAACAUUGACGAAGAGUUUAGCAACCAGAUAUUAGCAACUAUGUUGUAUCUCGAUACUCUUGAUGACUCCAGGAGGAUUUAUAUGUACCUUAAUGGACCUGGCGGUGAUCUAACUCCGAGUCUAGCUAUUUAUGAUACAAUGAAGAGCUUGAAAAGUCCUGUUGGGACACAUUGUGUUGGCCUUGCCUAUAACCUUGCAGGCUUUCUUCUUGCUGCCGGUGAAAAGGGUCAACGGUUUGCGAUGCCAUUGUCAAGAAUCGCCCUCACGUCACCAGCUGGUGCUGCGCGUGGUCAGGCUGAUGAUAUCCAAAAUGAAGCGAAGGAGCUUUCAAGGAUAAGAGAUUACCUCUUCAACGAACUAGCCAAGAAUACCGGGCAGCCUGUGGAAACGAUAUUCAAAGACUUGAGCAGAGUGAAGAGAUUCAACGCAGAAGAAGCUGUUGAGUACGGACUUAUUGAUAAGAUUGUUAGACCACCGCGCAUCAAAGACGACGCUCCUCGCCAAGACGAAACUUCUGUUCUCGGUUAAUCUGUUUUUUUUUUCCUUCACAUUUUUGGUAAUGUCAAAAGCUUGAAGUUGUUGUUCCUUGGGUGAUUGUUACCGUAUAAAAUCACUUUUCUCGUUAUUUCUUUCUAUUUGGGUUCUACAAACAUUUUUAAAUCUGAAGCUGAGACGUUUUCUAA